AUUUCUUUCUAUUUCUUUUUAGGUUAUCCCUCUCUUGGUUUCUCUCUGUUUCUCUCCCUCUUUCUCUCUAUCUGUUUCUGUCUCUUUCUGUUUCUCUGUCUCUCUCUUUUUCUCUCUCGGUUUCCCUUUAUCUGUUUCUUUCUCUCUCUCCUUUAGUACCUCUCUUUCUAUUCCAUUUCUCCCUCUCUGAUUCUCUCUCUCUUUAAUUCUGUCUCUUGUUCUCCCUUUUUUCUCUCUCCCAUUUCUCUCUCUCUCUCUCUCUCUGAUUCUCUUUUUCUUUCUAUUCCUCCUCCUACUGACGCGCGUGAGUGCUUCAGUAGUUAAUGAUGGUGAUGAGAGCGCGCGCGCCUCGUCUGUCCUGCUCGUCUCGUUUCGUCUGCUUCUGAAGUGCACGAGCUCGGAGCGCUAGUACUACAAAGGGACUGAACACGCGCGCAAAACACACGCGCACACACACGCAGGCGCGCGCACGGGGCGUGCUAGCCUCGUCACCUGGAGCUGCUGCUGCUGCGCGAGCCAGUUCUGGAGGUUUUGGAAGUUUUGCAUUGCAGCGUUUGGAGACCUGGCACGCGCGCCUCCCUCGCGCGCUCCGUCUGUGCAGCAGCAGCAGCAGCAGGCUCGCGGGCUGUGGUGUUGGGGUUGGGUGCUGGUUCUGGUUCUGGUUCUGGUGCACUGACCUUCUCCAGAUGAUCGGAUUAGAAUCAGACUGUGAGGAUUAUCAGACGCAGAUCAGCAGCAGGAUGAAGGGAACGGUGAGGAGGUGAGGAGGACGCAGGCGGGAGAUCAAUCAAUCAGUCAAUCCCAGAUUAUUAUCAGGGAACGGAGUUUUAGUCUGGAUUAUAAUCCUAAUUUUGAGGAGAACCAACAUCAAAACAGCAGCUUUCUGCCAUGAUCCCCAAAUCUAGAACCCAGCUGGCGUUCUUCUUCAUCCUGCUGUGCCCAGUCAACAUCAUUGGGCUGUGGUGGGCAGUGGGGAGUCCCCUGGUUAUGGACCCAAACAGCAUCUGCAGAAAGACCAAGCGUCUGGCUGGUAAACAGGCUGAACUGUGCCAGACUCAGCCAGAGAUCGUCCAUGAAGUGGCCAAAGGUGCCAGACUGGGGGUUCGAGAGUGCCAGUACCAGUUUCGCUUCCGGCGCUGGAACUGCACCAGUCACAACAAAUACUUCGGCAAAAUCUUACAACAAGAUAUUCGUGAGACAGCAUUUGUGUACGCCAUCACGGCGGCGGGGGUCACGCACGCGGUCACGCAGGCAUGCAGUAUGGGGGAUCUGCUGCAGUGCGGCUGCGAGUCCAUCCGGAGCCGAGCCCCCCCACCCCGGCCCCCCGGAGUCCCCCACACUGAGGGAGUGAAGUGGGAGUGGGGGGGGUGCGGCGACGACGUGGAGUUCGGCUACGAGAAAUCCAAACAGUUCAUGGACGCCAAACGCAGGAAGGGCAAGAGCGACAUCCGCACACUCAUCGACCUGCACAACAACGAGGCCGGACGACUGGCGGUGAAGAAUUAUAUGAGGACUGAAUGCAAGUGCCACGGGCUGUCUGGGUCCUGCACUCUGAGGACCUGCUGGAAGAAGAUGCCUCAUUUCCGGGAGGUCGGCGACCGUCUGCUCGAGCGCUUCAACGGCGCCUUCAAGGUGAUGGGUGGGAACGACGGGAAGACCCUCAUACCCGUGGGCCACAACAUCAAACCUCCGGACAAGCAGGACCUGAUCUACUCAGCCGAGUCUCCAGACUUCUGCCUACCGAACAGGAAGACGGGAUCUCUGGGGACCCGCGGGCGUACCUGUAACAGCACAGCGCUGGACGUGAGCGGCUGUGACCUGCUGUGCUGCGAGCGAGGUCACCGCUUCGAGACUGUAGAGAUCGAGGAGAACUGCCUGUGCCGGUUUCACUGGUGCUGCGUCGUUCAGUGCAAGAAGUGCUCUGUUCGCAAGGAGCUCAGCCUCUGCCACUAGGGGGCAGUGCAUGCUUUAGGACACUGAAUUCUCACCUGCUGGAGGAUCUAAAACACUGUCUUGUGGGCUCACCUGUGUGAGACCUAGCAAAGCAUCCUCACCUGCAGGGGGAACUAGAACACCAACGUACCUGCAGGAGGAUCUAGACUACUGGCCUUACCUGCAGGGUUUUUUAGAAAGCGAAUCUCACCUGCAUGGGGAUCUAGAACAUCAUCUUGACUGCAGGGAAAUCUAGAAAAUUGGACUAAUCUGCAGGUGGAUCUAGAACAUCAAUGGCAAAACAUACAGGCGGCUGUAGACUACUAGCCUUACCUGCAGGUUAUUUUUUUUUAGAAAAUCUCAUCUGCAAGGAAACAUGGAACACCAAUGUACCUGCAGUCGAAUAUAGAAAACUGGCCUCACCUGCAAGGAGAUAUGGAACACCUACUCACCUGGAGUGGAAUCUAAAAAACUAGCCUAAUCUGCAGGGGGUCUAGAAAGUUGACCUCAUUUGUAAAGGGGGGGGGGGUCUAGAACAUCAUCUUACAUGCAGGGAGUCUUGAAUACCAAUUUACCGACAGGAUCUAGAAAACUGGUAUCGCCUACAUGGGGAUCUAGAAAACUGGCCUUACUUGCAAGGGGAUCUUGAACACCAACUCGCCUGCAGGAUCUUGAAAACUGGCAUCACCUGCAAGGGGGGGUCUAGAGCAUUAUUUUACCUGCAAGGUGAUCUUGAAUGCCAACUCACCUGCAUGAUCUAGAAAACUGGCCUCAGUUGUAGGGGAAUCUAGAAAACUGGCCCCACCUGCACAAGCAUGUAAAACACCAACUCAUCUGCAGGGGGAUCUAGAACAGUACCUUUCCACUAGAGGAACUUAGAAAACUGGCCUCACCUGCAGAGACUUUAGAAAACAAACUCAACUCAUCUGCUGGGGGAUCUAGAACAAUGUCAAUCCUGGAGAGGGAUCUAGGAAACUAGCUUCACCUGCAGGGCAUCUGGAAUACUGGUUCAUCUUCAGAAGGAUCUAGAAGGCAGAUCAACUCCUCUACACUGGCUAAGUAAGAACUAGACUACUAAAUCCUGAAAAUCUUCAAAGGAAUUUAGAACACUAACAGUUAUGUUCUUUGCAACUUGCAGAGGAACCUGCAGAGGAACCUAGAGUGCUGACUGACCUCCAGAGGAAUCUAGAACACCCAUCCACACACUUCAUCAAGAUAUGUUACCUGAUUUACCUGUAGGGGAAUCCAGAAAGUUCACCAACCUGCUAGAGCUGUGCAGCCGUGGAUGUUCAACAGAAGAAUCUAGAUUUUUGAGAAAUCUGGACUUUUCUAGAACCAAAAACCAUGUGGGGCUUGUAGGAUCAUGUUCUGUGAGCAUCUAGACCCACUGGAUCCAACAGAGACUCUAAUUUGCUGUGGAAAAGAUUAUUUCCUUACGUAAACCUCCUACUCCAGCCUCCUCGGUCAGUAGGGCAGACUCUGUGGUAGGGCAGAAUGUCCUCCAGGAAGCACAGUAAAGUCAUUGGUUGUGUUGAAGUUCAAAAGAGACAUUUUCCUCUGUGCCUUUUGUGUGAAAACGCUUAUGGUUUAAAAACACAAACACAGACUUUAAGGGAAAAAGGGAUAUUUGUUGUGACAACCUGAUGUGCCGGAAUGUGCAUCAUCAGGACAAAGAACAAAGACUCCUAUUUAUAAGCAUUUUAGAAACAUGACGACUACUAACGGAAUAAGGAAUGUCUCCAGUAUAUUCUUCCAAAAGCACUUUGUCUAUAAGAGCUAUGUACAUCUGAACUGUCUUGUUUAAGGUAGUGUUGUAUGGUUUCACAAAGAAGAAGAAGAAAAAGAAAAGAAGAAGCGUGAACGACAUGUAAAACCACUCUUUUUUUACGUGACCUUAUUUUUAUAUUGUUUUAUUUUCACUUAUUUAAUAUGCAGAGCUUUUAUCGUGCACAGGUAUAUGUAGUCACAGCAUUGAUAGACUGUAGACCUCCAGAUUACAGCUCAUUUUCAGUUAAUUCCAGCCUUAUCACACUGAUUUAUGCACAAUUCAUGUUAAAAAUGAUACUGCUAAGGCUCCUUUACUGUAUGAUCAAUGCUGAGAUUGGAUAAUCCAGCAACAAAUACAGACAAAAGAGGCUCAUUUCUUUUUUGUACACUUACCCCUUGUUUUCGAGUGUAAGUCUUCUUCUCUUCCUCUUCACAAGAAUUGGGAUAACCCUUCAAGUACCCAAUACAGAUAUAGAUAUAGAUACAGAUAUAGAUAUAGAUAUAGAUAUAGAUAUAGAUAUAGAUAUAGAUAUAGAUAUGGCAGUGGAGCAGUAAAGUUCAGCAACCUAACUGCUGUUGGUUAACUAGUUUUAACCUAAGGGCUUUAUCAUAUACUAUAAUUAUUAUUAUUAUUAUUAUUAUUAUUAUUAUAUCAAUUACUUUUUUAAAUUGUCCAUUUCUUAAUUCCUCUAUGACGGGGAGCUGAAAUUAGCUGUUUUUAUUUUGUAUUCUCUUUCAUUUUUCCAUUCCACCUUAAAUCCUACACCCUCUGCUGUCUGUUAAACCAUUUAAGGUGGAACCAAAAAGUGUGCUAGCCAACUACUGUUGGAACAUUGCAGUGAAAUUUGAGAUUUGAUUGGAUUGAUGAGGGGCUUUAUAUGGCCAAAAUAUGCAGACACCUGCUCAUGUUGUGUUUGUUAUGAUAUCAAGGGCACUAGUUAGGAGAUUUUUUUCUAUAUUUUCUGCAGUUACAGCCUCAAAUUAUCUGGGAAAGCUUUCUACUAGAUGUUAGAACAUUGCAGUGAGGAGAAUUCGAUUGCAUUCAACCAGGAGACCAUCAGUGAGGUCAAUAAAUAAUGUUGAAUGAUUAAUUCUCCAUGUCAACAUUAACAGUACUGGAUGGAGCUCCAUCAUCGCUCAAGACAACUGUACACACCAAUGAUGAGGGGCGUUAUAUGGCCAUAAAUAUGUGGACACCUGCUCACGUUGGGAUUUUUCCUUUUUAAUGCAAAAGAAUCCUCCAGUUAUCUGGGAAGGCUUUGUACUAGAUGUUGGAACAUUGCAGUGAGGAGCAUUUGAUUGCAUUCAGUCAGGUAAUGAUGAUGACCUCAAGUUAAUGGUAUUGGAUGGAUCGUCAUCCUCACUCCAGGGAACUCUACAGACCAAAGAUAUAUGGUUAUAUGGCCAAAAAUAUGUGGACUCAUGCUCACUUUGGAAGGUACAGUCUUUAGUUAUCUGGGAAAGCUUCGUACUAGAUGUUAGAACAUUGUAGUAAAGUGAAUUUGAUUGUAUCCAACCAGGAGACCAUAAGUGAAAUCAGAUAAUGAUGUUGGAUGAGUAGUUCUGUCUCUCCAUCUCAAGAACAAUGAUGAGGGGGUUUAAAUGACCAUAUAUAUGUGGACACCUGCUCGUGAUGUGUUUGUUCUGAUAUCAAGGGCAUUAUUUGGGAGUUUUUUCCAUAUAUACUGCAGUAACAGCCUCCAAUUAUCUGGUAAGGCUUUGUACUAGAUGUUGGAACAUUGCAGUGGGGAUAAUUUGAUUGCAUUCAAACAGGUAAUGAUGUGAACUCUACAGACCAAUCAUGGGGCUUUUAUGGCCAAAAAUAUGUGGACACCUGCUCAUGUUGAGUUUUUCCUCAUUUAAUGCAGUUACUUUCUCUAGUUACUUGGUUAAGCUUUGUAUAACAUUGCUUUGAGGAGCAUUUGAAUGGAUUAAUUGGAUGAUUUUUUUUAAAUAUAUAUUUUUAUAUGGCCAAAAAUAUGUGGAUACCUGCUCAAUUUGUGAGUUUUUUUUUUCAAAUUUAUUGCAGGUACAGUCUUUAGUUAUCUGGGAAAGCUUUGUACUAGAUGUUGGAACAUUGCAGUGAGGAGCAUUUGAUUGCAUCCAACCAGAAGACCAUAAGUGAUGUUAGGUAAUUAUGUUGGUUGAUUAAUUCAGGCACUUUAUCUUAAGACCAAUGGGUUUAUAUGGCCAAAAAUAUAUGGACUCAUGCUCAUGUUGGGUGAUUUUCCUUCUUCAAUGCAGUAUCAGCCUCCAGUUAUCUGGGAAAGCAUUGUAUUAGAUGCUGGAACAUUGCAGUAAGGGGAAUUUGAUUGCAUUCAAUCACUAGACCGUCAGUGAGGUGAGGUCAGGUACUGAUGGACUUUAUGUACUGAUGGAUUAUUAGUUCUGAACACCUGUGCACUUGAGUGCAGCUGAACGCACUGAUAAUAUUUGGACAUAUAAUCCGUCUAUAGAGCAAUGCAGUGUAGUUUAUUCUCACUUUCUAUAAAUCACAGUAAAGGAAAACAGGCUGAAUUUACAGCCGCUCUCCAGCUAAGCAAACACACUCCGCCCGGCCGUGUUAAACAGCACACGGCCGCGGGUUCGAUAUCCGAGCAGGAGUCUGGGUGAUAUAUGUAAACAGGUGUCUUUUUCCCACUAUUUUCCUGGAUGCAGAUUACAUUUUCCAAAAGCUGCAGAGGACCGUUCUGCUAUGUUUUCAUUUUAGCUCUGGACCGUUCCUCUCAGAUUCCAGGCUUUUUAAAGGGAGAAUAAAAUAACACAGAUACUAAGGGGAAAUAUCUAAUAAAUAUUACUUAAUCUCCCAGGUCACAGUUCUGCACACGGAGGAACAUCUGAGCAAUGCCAGGGUGACAUUUCUCACCUGUGUUGUAAAAGCUGAAAUAAAAAGUCUGCUCUGA